CACCGCCCCCCGCCCCGCCGCCGCUCCGCCCCCGGGGCCGCCCCAGGUACCGGCGGGGGGGCGGCUCCCGCCAGGCGAGCGGCGGCCGCGGGACCGGCACACGGCUUGGCUCGGCGCUGCCGCUCCUCCGCCUCAGGUUCAACAGUGUGACCACUCUCUUGAUUCAUAUACUCACAGCAAAGCCUCCAUCUGUCUCAUGGAUUAUAGAUCUAAAUUGAUGGCUUCAGUAACAGAUGCCAGAUACAGGCAGAAAGAUACUUCAGAUCAAAAUUUUGAUUACAUGUUCAAACUCCUGAUCAUUGGCAACAGCAGCGUGGGUAAAACAUCCUUCCUCUUCAGAUACGCCGAUGACACUUUCACACCAGCCUUCGUUAGCACAGUAGGAAUUGACUUCAAAGUGAAAACAGUUUACAGGAAUGACAAGCGGGUGAAACUGCAGAUUUGGGAUACAGCUGGACAAGAAAGAUACAGGACCAUCACUACAGCCUACUACCGAGGAGCCAUGGGCUUCAUCCUCAUGUAUGAUAUCACCAGUGAAGACUCUUUCAAUGCAGUGCAGGACUGGGCCACACAAAUCAAGACUUACUCCUGGGACAACGCACAGGUGAUCCUGGUCGGAAACAAAUGUGACAUGGAGGAUGAAAGAAUUGUUCCUGUGGAGAAGGGGAAACUUCUGGCGGAUCAACUAGGUUUUGACUAUUUUGAAGCUAGUGCCAAAGAAAACAUCAAUGUAAGGCAAGUGUUUGAGCGCCUGGUGGAUAUAAUCUGUGAGAAGAUGUCGGAGAGUAUAGAAUCGGACCCUUCCAGGGGCACCUCGGGAAGGAGCAUGCGACUCACAGACAACCCUCCCCCUUCGCAGCAGAACUGCUCGUGCUAGUGACCUUUCUCGCUGAGAAGUGUCCUCCUCCUUUCCUGACGAAAUUUUAUCUUUUCAUUUGUGGUGGUGCAUUAUCAUGUAGUCCAAAGGCAGAAGUCUCUGUUGUAGGAAACUGGUAUGUUUGUUUAAUGUGCUGGAGUGUUAAUAUUAUAUAUUUCCUCAUCCAAUAAUUUAAAAAAACAAAAAUCUGAAUAAAUAUUGUAAGUGCACCUAGUGUUAAUGUGAGUUACACUGAAGAAAAAGAAUUGUAUAGUGUUGCAAAUGUUGUUUCCGCAGAGAAUGUUGCAUUUUUAAUUAUAAAUUCCUGUACUGCAGAAAAAGGGUUUUUUGGUCAAGAACAGCAGGAAACAUAAAAACCAAUUAGAAGGGAUCAGGUAUGAGGGGAAAAAAAUCUCUUUUAAAGCAAGAAUAUGCUUUUUUUUUUAACAUUAAAAAAAAAAAUCAGUCCCCAGAUAUUAUGAGUCACCUCUAGUUGCCAUCCUCUAGCAUGGACCUUGGUUUUCCUGUACGAUGGAGCAGAAAGCAGUGCGUUUCUGCCUGACAGCUGGAGGUCCUCCAGAGAGCGGAGUGGGAAGGUGAGGCGGGUUUUGUGUCAAACCUCUGAAUUGACGAAGAGCACCUGGAGGAAUCAAAGCUGCCAGGCAGGGGGGCAGGAAGAGGAGGAGGAGAAGGAGGAGGCCGCCUUGCAGCCAUACCUUUUGGUGGGUGCUGUGUGCAGGAGAAGAGCCCUUCCAGGGGCUGCCCUUGGCCUUGCCUUCUCCGCCACCACCAGCAUCAGCGUGCGGGGUGCUGGGGGUGUUGCUAUCCCAAAUCCUUUCUUCCUGGAAGCACAAGAGCCUACUCUCCACCAGCUUUUCCUCCCCUGUGUCCCAUAGUUUUAUCUCUCCAGGUUUGGAUCUACUCUGAUUGACUGCUUGACGGUGGAUUUGUUGCAGGACGGAGGAAAGGAGGAACUGGCUGCUGCAUGCUUAGUUGGGAGGCAAAAUCUGACAUGUAACACUUGGAAGAGCACUGUCUCAGAAAGAUAAAAAUACCAGGAGCCAAAAUGUGAGUGCUGGAAAAUAUUAGUGCCAAGAUUACUAGAUUUUCUUUCUGCAUUUUGUUGUUGAUUUUUUUUUUUAAUUUUGUGCUGGAUAGGUGCGUGCGUGGGGGUGGUUUUUCUGGUUUCAGAUUCAACCACAAAGUAUAACUUAAAAAACAGGAAGAUUGAUUAAUAAAACAUAACUGCAAAUGAAAAGUGGCAAAGAUGUCCCGUUAGAGUUACCCUAUAGAUGUUUUGUUGCAUCAUUCUCUGAAGGGAGGAACAAUUUUUAAUACCUAACAUAUAAAAUAUUCUUAUACUUCCAACAUCUCUAAAAUGACAAAACUUCUACAUCUGUGUGCAGAACUCCGUGUGCCUUAGCCACACGCAGAGCUUGUACUUCUCUGAAAUGUAUGGAGGAACGGCUUUUGUGAAUCUGUGAAAUGACAUACACUGUUUGCCUUUAUGAUCAUACACUUGUUUGCGCAUCCCAGCUCCAAACAGGGAUUGCAAAUUGUGUCUGAAAGCGUAAAUUAGGUGGAUCUGGAGAGUUUGCUGUCUUAAGGUGAAAAUUCCGAGAAGUUUUAUGGCUUUACUUUAGGCCUAUGAACUCCUCUGACCCAGGAGACUUUCUGAUGUCAGAAACUGGAGUCGAGUAUCUGCCCGCUGCACUGUAAUUUGCUGGAUCAUGACACUGGCAAAUGCCUUUGUAAUUUCGUUCUGUCUCGAGGUGUAAUAGUUCUGAGAAAAAAGCACAAUACUCUGGAGAAAAAUGCAACUACGUUGAUGUAGUUUGAGCUCAUCGUGGCGAAGGCUUGAUCCCUUCGUUUGUUUCUAUGUUGCUUUCAGAAAUCUUUACUGUGACGUAUUUUGGGUGUGUGUGUGAUUCGUACUGGAAGUGUGAUUUGUGGAAUGUGGUUAUUGUAUCUAAACCCCUGAAACUGCAAAAUAAAGAGAAAUAUAGUCACCGGGUGUGGCCAGA